AGGAAGCAGAGAAAGGGCUCGUCCUUUCCAUAACUCAAAAACCUUCUGCAUUUCUCCAGCAGCACACGGACACUCAGGAGCCCCCACAGGCCGAUUGCAGCUCCGAUAGCGAUGAAUCACUCACAGCUCACAGAAGUGAACCAGCUCUUAUCAAACGUCUCAAGAUCGUGGCAGGAUGAGGCCAUUAAAGGAGUCCAGAUCACUGUCACACUCAUCAUCUUCUUGGUGGGUGUGCCUCUGAACAGCCUGGUGGUGUGGGUGCUUGGACUGCGGGGGAAGAGACACCUGAGGCGCAGAGGCAGUACAGAGGAAACACGCGCUGCCAGCAGUUUCCGCGUGUACGUCCUGAACCUGGCCCUGUCUGACCUGGUGCUGCUGCUGCGCACCCCGCUCAUGUUGGGAUACCUGGCCCACGACAACAGCUGGCCCUUCGGCCGUGUGUCCUGCCUCCUGGUGGUGUUCCUGAGGGGGUUAGGCCUGUACGCCUCUGCCUUCCUGCUCUGCGCUGUGGCCCUGGAGCGCUGCCUGUGUCUGCUGAGACCCGUCUGGGCAAGUCUCAAACGGCCCUCCUGGGCGGUCCCUCUGGCCUGUGCCCUCAUGUGGGUGUUAGCCACAGUCCUGUCUGCACCUUACUUCCACAGUGCUGUUGUGCUUACUCUGAACGGGAAACACCAGUGCUUAGAGAGCGGGCAGUUUAACAUGGGCCUCUUUGUCACAGAGACCAUCGCAGGCUUCAUCUUUCCUCUGCUCAUGUUUUUGGGGAGUAACCUGGCCGUGCUGCUGACAAUUCACCAGGCUGUGCCACCCACACCCACUUCCUCCUCCCCUUCCACAGCUCGCAGGAUGUUGCGCAUGUACCAUGUGCUCUUCUUCACCAUGCUCAUCUUCCUCACCUGCUGGGUGCCGUACUUUGUGUGUCGCUUCCUGAGGGCCCUGGCCGUGGGGCGUCCGGACAGACGUGCCCUGUACACAGGGGCGUCUCGUGGGCUGUACGUGUCCUUGUACUUGGUCUACAUAAAGUGCGCCCUGAACCCUGUCCUCUACGUGUUUGCAGCUCGAGGACUGAGCAAAGCUGUCCGAGCUUCACUCGUCUCCACCAUCGAGAAACUCUUCAAUGACGACUCCACAGAGUCUAUAAGACGAAAGUCACUCAAAAACUCACAAAUGUAAAUAUCAAAC